AGAAAAUUCCCUUAUCAACUACCAAACAGACCUUCCGUGUGCGAGUAGGGGGCGAGGAAGAAAGAGAGACUACCAGUAUCCGAUCUCUUUCGAUUCAAUCAAUCUUCCCUCUCGGUAGAUCUUCAUCAAUUUUCUCCUCAUUUCUUAUACACAUACAGACAUAGAGGAUGGAUGGGAACAAAGAUGAAGCCUUGAAGUGCUUGAAUAUCGCCAAGGAUUCAAUCGAAUCGGGCGAUAGGAAUCGUGCUAUCAAGUUUCUUCAUAAAGCUCGUAGAUUGGAUCCAUCAAUCGAAAUUGAAGAGUUUUUAUCGAAUCUGAACAAUUCGCAACCGGAAAACAGAAACCCUAACGAACCCACGAAUGAAAAUCCCCAAAAUUCAUCGAAAUCUGCUGAGAAUGGGCCUCGCCGUAGGGUUUCAGCAGGUGGACCGUCGUCGUCAUCUAGUAGUUCGGUGGGUUAUACGGAGGAGCAAGUCACGAUCGUGAGGGAAAUUAAGAGGAAGAAAGAUUAUUACGAGAUUUUAGGGUUAGAGAAGAGUUGUAGUGUUGAUGAUGUUCGCAAGGCGUAUAGGAAGUUAUCGUUGAAGGUUCAUCCAGAUAAGAACAAUGCCCCAGGGGCUGAAGAGGCGUUUAAGAUGGUUUCCAAGGCUUUUCAGUGUUUGAGCGAUGAGGAGAGUCGGAAGAAGUAUGAUGUUGUUGGAUCAGACGAGCCUGUUUAUGAGAGGCGAGGUGGUGGCGGUGUUAAUGGAAUGAGAGGAUUUAAUGGUUUUUAUGAUGGGGAAUUCGAUGCAGAUGAGAUUUUCAGAAAUUUCUUUUUCGGGGGAAUGAAUCCUGCUGCUACGGCUAAUUUUAAUGGAUUCAGGUUUGGACCUAGGGUAAGGGUUCAAACAGGUGGUGGUGAUCAUGCGUCUAAUGGGUGGAGAACUUUGAUCCAGUUAUUGCCUGUGAUACUUGUGUUGUUGCUGAAUUUCUUGCCAUCGUCAGAGCCAAUUUAUUCUCUCCAGAGGUCAUAUUCCUAUGAGCACCGGUUUACCACACAAAAGGGCGUCAAUUUUUACGUGAAGUCCUCAAAAUUUGAGCAGCAGUAUCCGCCUAACAGUCCAGAACGAAUUACACUUGAGCAAAGGAUCGAGAAUGAUUAUCACAAUGUCCUUGUGCAUAAUUGUAGGCUUGAGUGGCAGCAACUUCACUGGGGCUACAGGCGGGAAACACCAAGUUGUGAUGCAUUAAAGAAGUUUGAGGCUCUGGCUCAAUGAGUGUAUCUGUGCAUUGAUGCAUAGGCAUUUAUACUGUAAUUCAUCACAGAUCCAUUGGCGACGUUCAAUUUCAUCAUCCUUACUGGAAACAACACGGCAAAUCAGAAUUUGGUGCACCGUCUGAAAAGAUGGAGAUGAAUAAGGUAUCUUUUUUUUGAAGUUGUCAUGCCCUAAAUGGUGCUUACAUAGGCUGCAUGCGCUUUUGAUUCCAUGCGUAGAGAUUUUUCUUUCCUUGACAGACUCGUUGAAAGUUCAUUUAGGGAGCUUUAAAACUAUAUGGUACUUAUGAGAUCUCCUACAAUAUUUUACUUUUGACAUUCAAUCGAUGUAUUUGAUAAUAUUACUUGUGUUGAGCCUGUGGCUGUACUCUGGGUUGGUCUUGUCAUAUUUGCCUGUCUUUAUUUUCA